AUGUUGGGUGUCAAAGCGCUUCUCGUAGCCUGUCUGGCUUUCACCACCAGUGCUGCUCCUCAGGAUAAGAAGCAUUGGGUUGGAACAUGGGCUUCCAUGCCCCAAGAGGUUGAGCCUCAUAACCUUGCUCCCGCUCCAUUUGGAGGACCGGAUCUUGCUGCUCAAUUCUUGAAUACUACUCUGCGUCAGACAUUCCGCACGUCCAUCGGCACAGACAAGAUCCGUGUCCGUUUCUCCAACAUAUUCGGCAAAACCCCUCUGCCCAUUACCGCGGCAUCGAUUGCCCUUCCCGUCGGUGGAAAGGCUGGUGUCGGAGAGAUUGACACCAAGACGCUCAAGAGCCUCAAGUUCAAGGGCAAGAAAUCUGUUUCUGUCCCUGCUGGAGAAAUCAUCUACUCCGACCCUAUCGACUUUAAGCUCAAGCCUCUUUCCAAUCUUGCUCUUUCUGUAUACACUGAGAAGGGACAGGCCGGAGCUAUCAUCACCGGCCAUCCUGGCAGCCGAACUACUUCGUGGAUGCAGAAGGGUAACCAUGUCAAUGCUGCUUCCGUUUCGGAGGGAAGCACUAAGCAUUGGUAUUUCGCUAAUGGCGUUGAUACAUGGGCGCCUCAGGAUCACUUCGCUGUUGUUCUGUUGGGUGAUAGUAUCACUGAUGGACGAGGCAGCACUGAUGACACGAAUGAUCGAUGGUCUGAUGCCCUUGCCGAGCAUCUUCAAGCAUCAGGAAUGAAGAACGUAGCCGUCAACAACAUGGCCGCAGGAGGCAACGCCAUUCUCCAAGGUGGUCUCGGACCUCCUCUUCUCCAGCGCUACAAGCGCGACGCUCUCGAGCAACCCGGCGCCAAGUUCGUCGUUAUCUUCGAAGGUGUAAACGAUAUUGGUCCAUCUGCCACCGAUGCCUCCACUCAACAGAAGAUCAAGACCGGCCUCAUGGCAGCGUAUAAGCAGAUCGCUGGUGAUAUCAAGAAGGCUGGCAUGACAAGCAUCGGAGCUACCAUCACCCAAAUGCUCGGAAACCAGUACUAUGCUCCAGAGAGGGAGGUGACGAGGGUUGCUAUCAACGAGUUCAUUCUGAACAAUGGCAGUUUUGACCAUACUGUUGACUUUGCUAGCUUGAUUGGCGAAGGAGAUAAGUUGUUGGCCAAGUUUGACUCUGGGGAUGGUCUGCACCCCAACCCUGCUGCUUACAAGGAGAUGGGGACCAAGUUCCCUAUCAAGUACUUCAAGAAGUAG